AUGUCUGAGAACAAAGAUUCCAGCGCAGAUACAAGUGGGUCAUCAGGCUCAACUGGUGGUAAUGUUUGGCUUUCUGAAAGAAGCCAUCCUAAAAAGCCAGAUUCUUAUUUCAAAGAAACAUUUGAGCCGUCGAGUGACUCUGGGGCGCCUUCUAUCAGCGUCUAUAUAGAUUAUACCAGAUUGUCAGAAUUGGGAAACAACUCAGAUAGUUCAGGAAGUAAUGAUGCAACUUCAUCCAAACACUCUUCUUUAGAAGAACGUACUGGCGUUAGCGAGAGCAAGAACAGAACUCUCGCGAUCAAAAAAAGUUACCGAGAUCUGCAUGACCCUGUGUUCCAGGACAAUUCAAGCCUUAAACUCCACAGCUUCAACGCGCCCCGUCUGCCAGAGCUCAAGAACCUCAGUUCUGAUACAGUUAACACCAAUGUUUUGAUGGACUCUAGGAAGACAUCUUUGAAUGCUGCGACAUAUAAUAUACUUAACAACAGCUUGCAGGACAAGCAAGUUGAGGAUUCCGAGGAAGGGCUGCCUCUGAGGCCAAUCAAACAUGUACCCCUCCAAAAAGACAGGGACAGCAAGAAAACCAUAUCAACUUCAGUGCUAGAUGCAAGUAGCAUUCGAAGGUUCUCAGAGUUGGAGAAGCCAGAUGCAAGAUCGUCAGCUGUUCUUUCGGAGGGCGACAACAAUGGUGUGACAGUCGAGCCUCGCGAAUAUCAAACACAGAAUAAAAUUAUAGAGGAGGGUGAAGCCGAGAGUUCAGAGUACGAAAAGCAUUCAAAGCCCUCUAUUGAGGAGGCGGUCAAGCUUUUUAAGCAGGAAGCGAAAUCGCAGCAGCCAGCAAGGCUCAUCGAACACAAAUUCACACCUCCGCAUUCUCGAGCCGUUACCACACGGGCCUCGCAAGGCUCUCUCAGAAGUCAGGUCAGUAGCCAAAAUUCCCGCUUUUCUCAAACACGAAGAUCGCGCAAAGGUCCUCAAAAUCCGUCGCUCCUGGCAUCAAUUUUGGUGGCACCCAGUUCAAAGAAAAGGCGAAGCGGAGUACCGAAAAAGAUCAUAUCACCAGCCAUACCGGCACUGCGGCAGAUCUCUGGAAGCAGUAAUGGAUCAAAAUCAUCAGCGCAGCCUAAAGUCCAGGGCAAUUCUACGGCUGAUACUUCGCAACCUCGGCAACCUCCAAAGGCGCCAUAUCGAGAUCAAGAAGAUCAACUUGGGCCAAUAUACCGCUACCGCGAUAUCUUAGACGAGAAAGAGGUUGAAAAAGAUGUUCUUUACUCGCAAUUUGUCGAAUCCUCCUCUGUCUCCUCGCGAGACUCAAAUCUAGGAAAAUUCGCCGAGAUUUUCAGCAUCCCAAGGAUUAUAGUAUUUUUACUGUUCUGCGCGGUGGCGCCUCCGGCAUACUUUAUUACAGGUUUGAACCCCCGUAAUGCGCUUCCUGAUGACAAGCUUAUGAGAUUGAUAAUGAAUAGAGAGCACAGAGAGGGCCUAUUUGCAGGUUUCGUGUGGGACGUGAAUCUUCACUGGUUUCGGAGGACCUGCCUACUGAUAGGCACGGUUGAGGUCCUUGCUAUAAUUGCAUGCAUAGGGGUUGGAUUCGGCGUGGGACUCUCAAGAGAGUGA